AUUCUUGGAAUAUCGCAAAGUAUUUCAGGGUAUCUUGUAAUUACAAUAGCAAUUGGAAAUGAAGGUAAGGACGGCAAGUGUAUUUAGCUAUUCAUGGGGAUUUAUCGGUGGUGGGGAAUUGCAACGGCGAAGGGCACAAGGGUCUCGGGAAAAACACCGGAGAGUAUCUUCAGAAUCUUCAGUGGUCCUCUAAUGCACUCUUCUAAUGCUGCAAGACGAAAGAGGGGUCGGAGAGCCCCUGGCCUCCCCUUGGGCGCGCGCCUGCGCGUCGCUGCCGGACCAGCUCACCCUCCCGCGCCUCGCCAGCGCAGCAAGGGGAUAAGGCCGACUCCGCCUCUCCCUCUCCCUGCCAGAUUCUCCCUCGCUCACUCCGCUCCUCCUCCUCCCCAGAUCCGUCGAGGCCGAGCGGAAUCGACACCGUCCUCCGUCGCCACCGCGGCCACUGGCACCGCUCCGACCGCUCGUGAUGUCCAGGAGAGCCGCCGUCGUCCGCCCGUUCGCUUGGAGCCUUCAGGUGGAGCCGGGGACCUCCACAGCUGCUGAACGCCGUCGCCCCCUUCCCAGGCCCGGCCCUGAGGGGGGGCAGGGGGCGGCCGCCCCGGGCCCCCGAGAUGGAGGGGCCCCCACGUAUGCGUGCUCUGUGUUGUAUAUGGCCCAUGAAGAAAAAUGAUUCUGGGCUAAUUUUAGAUACAACGGCGUGUGCAGCAGCGUACGGGGAGCACGGGAUCACGCAGGACUCUCAAGGCAAGCUCGAGGGCGACCCCGCCGCCGCAGCCUCCUCCCGCGGAGGCCUUCCUGAUGCAUCCUCCUCCAACGGCGGCUUGGGUAAUUUCAUCUUCGUCACCGUGGACAGGAGUAACAACACCACGGCCCACCGGUCCCAACAGGCAGUUUUGAGCAACAGAUCAGGACCGGCCCUGCCCCUUUGUCUCGGCUCUGACGCGAGCCGGCGACCUCGAGCUCCUCUGCUGCUCCUAAUCUUUCGCCGGGCCACCGUGUGCCUCCCCGACCCCGAGACCGAUGUUGUCCCUGUGAUCGACUACGUCACCGACGACACCACUGACGACCCUGCCUUUGCCGCUGAGCAAUCAGGCAAGCACCCCGCCCUUUUGAACAUUCCAAUAUCGCCUAUACACUUCUCUCUUAUGCUUGCAUUAGAAAUUGCUGCUGCUACUACUUUACCUAUUCUGACGCAUAGCCUGAUCUUAUACCAUGAUAUUGUUACAUACCUGUUUAUCCUAAACUGCUUAGUAUAGGCUGGUUAUAGACCCAUCAGAGACCCCAUGUUGACCCAACUGCCCCGCUGGAUUAUUAGAAUACCCGAUCAACGGGAUUGAAGACCAGGCCCUAGCACCUCACAACACUCCCUUUAGUUGUACGACACCGCAGUGUUACUAUCGACUGCCGAGGGUGAUACCUCAUCAGCACUUCUGAUGUUAACCUUGUAUGUUAGUUCAUCAGUUAUGGUCAUCGAGGGUGAUUCCUCCUUCUCCACUCCUGAUAAUGACACUGUCGUGCAACUCCACAAGAGUGGACCUCGAGGGUGAUUCCUCCUUCGUUCACCUUGACGAUAACAUCAGGUGGAAUUCCAUAGAGGGUGAUUCCUCAGGGUUCCCCUUGGUGUUAGACACACGAUUACUAUGGUUACUAUGACUUUACACUGAACCAUGUUACUAAAGAUGGGUCGGCCCUGAGGGGUACCCGUGC